AUGGACCAAGAUUACAACCAUACGUUAUCCUCGCCACCAGAAAAGAUGAGCCAGGCACCCGUCUCAGAAGAAAGAUCUAUUUACGAAAAGCCAGAUCACGACUGGCCUCUCAAACACAAAGUCGUCGAAAGUAAAGACCGCGAGGAGCGCUCAGGUUUCAAAAAGCGUGAACUCGGCGUAACAUGGAAAAACCUCAAUGUGGACGUCGUCAGCGCCGAAGCUGCUGUCAACGAAAAUGUAAUCUCGCAAUUCAAUAUCCCCAAGCUCAUCUCUGAGUCACGACACAAGAAACCGCUCCGAAGAAUAUUGAGUGAUAGCCAUGGCUGUGUCAAGCCCGGCGAGAUGCUUUUGGUGCUAGGACGACCCGGGUCAGGUUGCACGACACUGCUGAAUAUCAUUGCAAACAACAGGAAAGGAUAUACUUCCGUGACAGGAGAUGUGUGGUAUGGAUCCAUGACGCCCAAAGAAGCCAAAGCACACCGAGGACAGAUUGUGAUGAAUUCCGAAGAAGAGAUUUUUUUCCCAACAUUGACUGUGGGCCAGACACUGGAUUUUGCGACAAGGGUCAAGAUUCCGCAUAAUAUUCCGCAAGAUGUUGAAUCGCAUGAAGCCCUGCGAGUAGAAACAAAGGAAUUCUUGCUUGAAUCUAUGGGAAUAUCGCAUACGCACAGUACCAUGGUCGGUAAUGAGUAUGUGCGUGGCGUGUCUGGAGGAGAGCGGAAGCGUGUUUCAAUUAUUGAAACCCUGGCGACAAGAGGAUCAGUCUAUUGCUGGGAUAAUAGUACCCGUGGACUAGACGCUAGCAGCGCCUUGAGUUAUACAAAGGCAAUUCGCGCAAUGACUGAUAUUCUGGGGUUGGCGUCCAUUGUCACUUUAUAUCAGGCUGGAAACGGUAUAUAUGAUCUGUUCGACAAGGUGCUUGUUCUCGACGAAGGCAAAGAGAUUUUCUAUGGGCCUUUAAAAGAAGCGCGUCCGUACAUGGAGAAGCUCGGUUUCGUCUGUAGAGACGGUGCUAAUGUUGCCGAUUAUCUGACUGGCGUCACCGUGCCGACUGAACGAUUGAUUCGUGAGGGGUACGAGCACACUUUCCCUCGAAAUGCCGAUAUGUUGCUUGACGCAUACAAGAAAUCCGACAUCUACCCCAGGAUGACAGCAGAAUACGAUUUUCCUUCGUCGCAGGAAGCGCAAGAGAAAACGCAGAUGUUCAAGGAAGCAGUAACCCACGAAAAACAUCCUCAGCUACCAAAUUCCAGCCCCCUAACAUCCAGUUUCGCGAACCAGGUCAAAGCGGCAAUUGUACGACAGUAUCAAAUCAUAUGGGGAGACAAAUCUUCGUUUCUGAUCAAGCAAAUAUCGUCUCUGGUGCAGGCUUUGAUUGCCGGUUCCUUGUUCUACAAUGCCCCGAAUAACAGUGGGGGUUUGUUUGUCAAAUCCGGAGCUCUAUUCUUUUCGUUGCUGUACAACUCUUUGGUCGCUAUGAGUGAAGUGACUGAUUCGUUUACUGGACGUCCUGUACUGAUGAAGCACAAGAAUUUUGCCAUGUAUCAUCCAGCGGCGUUUUGUAUUGCGCAGAUCGCGGCCGAUAUUCCGAUUAUUUUGUUCCAGGUCAGUAUUUUCGGUAUUGUGGUGUAUUUCAUGGUUGGUUUGACCACCUCUGCCGCUGCCUUCUUCACCUACUGGGUUAUUAUUAUUGCUGCGACGAUGUGCAUGACUGCGAUGUUCCGCGCAAUCGGUGCCACGUCCUCCAACUUUGACGACGCAUCCAAAGUCUCAGGUCUUAUAAUCACAGCAUCGCUCAUGUACACCGGUUACAUGAUUUUCAAACCAAACAUGCAUCCUUGGUUCGUGUGGCUCUACUGGAUUGAUCCGCUUGCCUACGGAUUUGAGGCCCUUCUUGGCAACGAAUACAAAAACAAAACUAUCCCUUGUGUCGGCAAUAAUCUGGUACCUGUGGGACCAGGGUAUACGGAUUCCUCUUUCCAGUCAUGUGCUGGUGUUGGGGGAGCUGUUCAGGGGCAGGCGUAUGUGACGGGUGAAGCAUAUUUGAAUUCUCUAUCGUAUAGUUCAUCUCAUGUAUGGCGCAAUUUUGGAAUCUUGUGGGCAUUCUGGGCUCUCUUCGUGGCUAUCACUAUCUUCGCUACUUCUCGAUGGCGUUUGUCGGCAGAAGACGGUCCUUCGUUGCUCAUUCCGCGUGAGAACCUGAAAACUGUCCAACAGAGAAAAUCUCUUGAUGAAGAAGCUCUGCCCCAGUCUGCGGACGGCGCCGUAAGUAGCUCAGCCAAUACACUUGCUGAGAGACCAGGCGUUCAGCCCAUCCAACCUGAACUUGACAACAAUCUUAUUCGAAACACGUCUGUUUUUACAUGGAAGAAUCUCUGUUACACAGUCAAGACACCAUCCGGAGAUCGCGUGCUUCUCGAUCAUGUUCAAGGAUGGGUCAAACCAGGCAUGUUGGGCGCUUUGAUGGGUUCUUCAGGGGCUGGAAAAACGACUUUGCUUGAUGUUCUUGCUCAGCGAAAGACAGAAGGUACCAUUCAUGGAUCAAUCCUGGUUGAUGGUCGCCCCUUGCCCCUCUCAUUUCAGCGUUCGGCUGGCUAUUGUGAGCAGCUUGACGUCCAUGAACCGUAUGCCACUGUUCGCGAGGCUUUGGAGUUCUCGGCCUUGUUGCGUCAACCCGGUGACACGCCCCGUGAAGAAAAGCUGAAGUACGUUGACGUCAUCAUCGAUUUGUUAGAGUUGCACGACAUUGCCGAUACUCUCAUUGGUAAAGUUGGCUGUGGUCUUUCCGUCGAACAGCGGAAGCGAGUUACUAUCGGUGUCGAAUUGGUCUCUAAACCCAGCAUUCUCAUCUUCCUCGACGAACCCACUUCCGGUCUCGAUGGACAAUCCGCUUUCAAUACCGUUCGUUUCCUCAGGAAACUGGCGGAUGUCGGUCAGGCAAUUCUCGUCACCAUCCAUCAGCCCUCUGCACAGCUCUUUGCUCAAUUUGAUUCCCUCUUACUUCUCACCAAGGGUGGUAAAACAGUCUAUUUCGGCGACAUCGGUGACAACGCAGCCACGAUCAAAGAAUACUUUGGCCGCUACGGAGCCCCUUGUCCGCCAGAAGCCAACCCAGCCGAGCAUAUGAUCGAUGUCGUUUCCGGGGAACUUUCGCAAGGACGAGACUGGAACAAAGUCUGGUUAGAGUCUCCUGAAUAUGAUGCCAUGAACCGUGAACUCGACAGAAUUGUCGCUGACGCCGCCGCAAAACCACCUGGUACGCUGGACGAUGGCAGGGAAUUCGCAACUUCUCUCUAUGAACAGACCAAGAUCGUGACACAGCGGAUGAAUGUGGCUUUGUACCGCAAUACUCCUUAUGUGAAUAACAAGUUCAUGCUACACAUAGUGUCGGCAUUGUUUAAUGGGUUUUCCUUCUGGAUGAUUGGUGACAGAGUCACUGACUUGCAGAUGAGAUUGUUCACCGUGUUUCAAUUCAUCUUUGUGGCACCCGGUGUCAUUGCGCAAUUGCAACCACUUUUCAUCGAACGACGAGACAUCUAUGAAGCACGUGAGAAGAAGUCCAAAAUGUAUUCUUGGAAAGCCUUCGUGACGGGUUUAAUCGUUUCGGAAAUUCCAUACCUAUGCAUAUGCGCCGUGCUGUACUUUGUCUGUUGGUACUAUACUGUCGGAUUUCCCAGCGACUCCAACAAGGCCGGUGCUACAUUUUUCGUCAUGUUCAUGUACGAGUUUAUAUAUACAGGCAUUGGUCAAUUCAUCGCCGCUUAUGCGCCUAACGCGGUUUCUGCUACCCUCGCUAAUCCGUUGUUGAUUGGUGUCUUGGUCUCAUUUUGUGGUGUAUUGGUGCCAUAUGUGCAGAUCCAGGAAUUUUGGCGAUAUUGGCUUUAUUGGUUGAAUCCAUUCAACUAUUUGAUGGGCAGUUUGCUCACAUUCACUAUGUGGGACAGUCCUGUCAAAUGCGCCGAGAAGGAAUUUGCCAUUUUCGACACGCCCAACGCCACAACUUGCAAAGACUACCUGAGUGAGUACCUCAGUACUUUUAAUGCAGCGGCCUAUUUGGAGAACCCGGACGCUACGUCUGGUUGUCGAGUCUGCCAGUAUAGGAAGGGAAGUGAUUAUCUGCACGUCCUUAAUAUUAAGGAAUAUUACUAUGGGUGGAGAGAUGCUGCGAUUGUGGUGAUUUUCGUUAUUUCGUCGUAUGCCAUGGUAUACUUGUUGAUGAAGUUGAGGACGAAGGCGAGCAAGAAGGCUGAAUAGUUCGUUCAUUUUUCAUUCUCCUUUGUUUCUUUCCCACUCCUUUUCUAUUCAUUUCCUUGAUUUCGUUUUCCUUUCCUUAAGCUGGCGUUAAUCUAACUGGAGGGUACAUCGACUCGUCAUAGAAUUAGACGUUUAAUAGAAUACUGUUUAUAUAGUUGGGAACAAUCAGACUGCAUUUGUUUAUC